GGUCUGCGACGAUUACCGGAAAUUUAUGGUUUAUUCCUCCUUUUUAGAAUUUGACACACGUGCCGCGUGGAGUUUUCUCGCGCAGCACAAUGGUCGCGACAACAGACAAAAAGGCUCCGGCCGAAAAGAAAGUUGUGAAGGGUAAGGAGGACAGCAAGAAGCUGCCUGCUGUCCCAGAGUCAGUGCUCAAGCACCGCAAACGCAGGGAGGCUCUCCGUGCUCGCCGCAUCCAGGUCACCAUCAAAAGGCGUUCAGCGGCAGUCAAGAAGAAGAAGGAAAUCUUCAAGAGGGCUGAACAAUAUGUUAAGGAAUACCGCAUCAAGGAGCGUGAUGAAAUUAGGCUAGUCAGACAAGCACGUAACCGUGGCAACUACUAUGUUCCCGGAGAGUCUAAGCUCGCUUUCGUCAUCCGUAUUCGUGGUAUCAACCAGGUAUCACCUAAGGUCCGCAAAGUUCUGCAGCUGUUCAGACUGCGUCAAAUCAACAAUGGUGUAUUCAUCAAGCUAAACAAGGCCACCGUCAACAUGCUCCGUAUUGCUGAGCCCUACAUCACAUGGGGAUAUCCUAACCUUAAGAGUGUGCGAGAGCUUAUCUACAAACGCGGUUUUGCUAAGAUCAAUGGUCAGAGAGUACCCAUCCAGUCAAACAAGACCAUUGAGGAGAAGCUUGGCAAGACCAACAUCAUCUGUAUUGAGGACCUCAUUCACGAGAUCUUCACAGUUGGAGACAAAUUCAAGUACGCCAGCAACUUCCUGUGGCCAUUCAAGCUGAACAACCCCACCGGAGGCUGGCGCAAGAAGACCAUCCACUAUGUGGACGGUGGUGACUUUGGCAACCGUGAAGACAAAAUCAAUGAGCUGUUGAGGCGAAUGGUCUAAAAUAUAGAUUUUAAUGUA